AUGGGUGCUCGAAAGAAAGAAGCCGCCCGCCGUGAGCGGCAGGGGCAAUCGACUGACGGAAUGGCAAACGUCAAAGUCAAGGGAGAGAACUUCUAUCGCAAUGCCAAAAAACUCAAGACCUUGAACAUGCUGAAAGACGGCAAAGCUCAGCGGAAUGCCGAGGGGAAGAUCACGAAAGCAGCCUCGUACCAGUCCCGCGAAGUCCCCAAGGCCCGAGUGGAGCCACAUCGAAAGUGGUUUGGAAAUACGAGAGUCAUAUCUCAAGAUGCGCUGGACUCUUUCAGACAGGCUGUGGCAGAGCGCGCAGCCGAUCCCUACCAGGUCCUUCUUAAGACGAACAAACUACCCAUGAGCUUGAUUCGGGACGCAGAGAAUACUAAGAAUGGGAUAAAACAACAUCAAGCGAAGAUUGCGGUGGAGUCUGCUCCAUUCGCCGACACCUUUGGACCAAAGUCACAGCGAAAGCGUGUGAAGCUGAGCGCAAGCUCUGUUGCAGAUUUGGCUGACGAGUCGGUGAAAAUGCACGACGACUACCUCGAGCGCCUCGAAGAGAACAAGCUCUUGAGCGGGCAAACGGCCGAACAAAUGCAAGGACAACAAGACGGCGAACUCACCAGUGCCCGCGAACCGAUAUUUUCGAAAGGCCAAAGCAAAAGGAUAUGGAACGAACUGUACAAGGUCAUUGACUCCUCCGAUGUCGUUAUUCAUGUGCUGGACGCUCGAGAUCCCGAAGGCACAAGGUGUCGGAGCGUGGAAAAAUACAUCCGAGAGGAGGCACCACAUAAGCAUUUGGUGUUCGUGCUGAACAAAUGCGAUUUGGUGCCGACGAGCAUAGCGGCUCAAUGGACCAGGUUGCUCUCAAAAGAAUAUCCUACGCUGGCAUUUCAUGCAUCGAUGACGAACUCCUUUGGGAAAGGUUCGCUGAUCACGUUGCUGCGACAAUUCUCAACGCUCCAUUCAUCGAGAAAACAAAUCUCGGUGGGUUUUAUUGGAUACCCGAAUACCGGCAAAUCCUCGAUCAUCAAUACACUGCGAAAGAAACGAGUUUGUACCGUUGCUCCAAUUCCAGGCGAGACCAAAGUCUGGCAAUACAUCACGUUGAUGAAGAGAAUCUAUUUGAUCGAUUGUCCUGGGGUGGUUCCACCCAGCCAAGGCGACACCGAAGAAGACAUCCUCCUACGUGGGGUGGUCCGUGUGGAGAAUGUCGAACAUCCCGCACAGUAUGUUGAGGCUGUUCUACGGCGGACGAAGACCCGACAUAUUGAGCGGACCUACGAUAUCAAAGCCGCAGAUUAUAACGACGACCCAGUUGAGUUGCUCAGCAUUUUGGCGAGAAAAGGUGGGAGGCUACUGAAAGGCGGCGAACCCGAUGUGGAUGGCGUUGCGAAGAUGGUUCUAAAUGAUUUUCUGCGUGGGAAGAUUCCUUGGUUCACACCGCCACCAAAGAAAGAGGGAGAGGGUGGAACCGACGGCGAUGCCUCGACAGAAGUGAUCGAAGGGAGGGAAGGCCGGCUGGGUGAGAUGCCCGGCAAAAGGCAGGCCGAACAACUGGCAAUGAGUGGUGAGAGUUCACUUGAUGCAAGUUCAGAACAGGAGUCAUUGCCCAGUGAUGACGAGGACGAAGAAGAUGAGAGCAGCGAAGAACAAGCUGAUGAUUUUGCGAACUUUGACGACGAAGAUGAUGAAGUCAGUGAUUCCGAGAGUCUCGGUGAUGAGGAGGGAGGGACUCAGCUCUGA